GGCUCUGUUUCACGCAGAAAUUGGCAGCCCCGAAAUGGCCAUUUGUUACGCCAACCGCUCUGCGGCCCUUUUCCAUCUGGGACAGUUUGAGGUUUGCUUGGCGGACAUUGGGAGGGCGCAGGAAGGGGGCUACCCGGAGAAGCUGUCCCCCAAACUCGUCCUGCGCCACACGGAGUGCCUCCAAAAAUUGUCCCGACUGGAAGCCGAAAGGGAAAAAGGCUCGCUUCCUGAGACAGACAUCGAAGCCUGGGAGGAAAACGGCCUCGUCUCGUGCGCUUCCGCGUCUGUGCGCUUGGCCUAUUCCAAAGACAAGGGGCGCCACUGCAUCGCGGAGACGGAUAUUGUUCCCGGGGAGGUUUUGCUCAAAGAGGAGGCCUUUGUGAGCGUCCUGCGCCCGGGCAACGGCGACGUCCAUUGCCAUCACUGUCUGCGCCCACUUGUCGCCUCUGUCCCUUGCUGCGGGUGCAGCUAUGCCAAGUACUGCGGUUCCGCAUGCGCCCGUGCGGCAUGGCAGAGCUACCAUCAAAGGGAGUGCCAAUUUGGGGGGUUACUCCUAGCAAUGGGGGUCUUCUGCCACGUUGCCUUGCGGGCCGUUCUCGUGGACAGAUUCACGGAGGUUGUACGUUUGGUGGAGGAGGACGAGGAGCGGACGACGGGUAUUUCCAUCCCGGGCUGCGACGCUGACGGCCGAUACCACAGUUCCUAUCGGGCCGUCUUCGGACUUUUGCCUCACGUCGAGAAACACAGCCCUGAGUUCAAGUUCCUCUGCAGCUUCAGCGUCGCAGCCUUGUGCCGGGUUGUGGGGAAGGAGCCGUUUGUGGGGGGAAAUGGAUUAAGCGUGGACCAAGACGUCCUCGGGGAAGCCGUGCUGAGGCAUGUGCUGCAGCUGCAGUGCAACGCACAAGCUGUGACCACCCUCCGCGUCUCGGGAUGCGAAGCAGUGGCUCGCCAUGAGGAGGUGACACUGGCCACGGCCCUCUACCCGGUGCUCAGCCUCCUGAACCACUCCUGCGACCCCAACACCAGUUUGGCUUUCGACGGGCGGACGGUGGCAGUCAGGGCCUCGCGGGCCAUCCCCAGAGGGCAGGAGAUCCUCCAUUGCUACGGGCCCCACCGGUGCAGGAUGAAGCCCACGGAGAGGCGGCAGAGGCUCCUGGCCCAGUAUUUCUUCGAAUGCCGCUGCCCAGCUUGUGCAGAGGAGGCAGGCCCUGAGUCGGCCUCUGGAUCGAGCCUCUUCCGCUGCCCCACCUGCCGAGCGCCCAUGCAGGGGGAAGGCCCGUUCCUCUGUUGCUCCAGUCCGUCUUGCAAAGCCGUGCUCCCAAAAGAAGGCUUCCAAGAUCAGCUGCGCAAACUCCGGCAGCGCAUGGAGGCAGCCAUGGAUCUCCUCGCACAGGGCAAAGCAGAUCGGUCCGAGGAGCAGCUCCGGAAGUGCCACCUGGAAGCCCAGCGGCUCCUCUCUCCGGGGCAUUUGGUGGCGGGGGAGAUCGAGGACCACCUGGCGCAGGUGCACGCCACGCAAGGGAAUUGGCCCGAAGCAGCAGCACACCUGCGCAGGAGCAUCGAGGUUGUGGAGGCCCACUAUGGGGCCGGCAGCAUCGAAGUGGGGCAGGAGCUCUUCAAACUGGCCCAGGUCCUCUUCAACGGGCAUUUCGUCCCGGAGGCGCUUCAGGCGGCGGAGAAGGCCGAGGCAGCGCUGUCGGUGCAGAUGGGGCCCCGGAGCCCCGAGGUCCAAGAGCUGCGGGAGAUGAAGUCCUGCCUGGAGGAGCUGCUCCGAGGAUGAGGCCCCAGGUGCCAGGAUGUAAGUGGGCGCCUGGAGAAGCCAACCAAUGUGUACACACUUGGACACUCUCAACCCUUGAUUCCUCCUGCCCUGGGGGGUAUUGAUAUUGUCAUUUGGGAGUUGUAGUUGCUGGGAUUUAUAGUUCACCUACAAUCAAAGAGCAUUCUGAACUCCUACGACCGACAGAAAAUUUGGACAGCACACACCUAACAUCCCAAUGUAUGUCCUUCACUCAAAAAAAUUGAUUUUGUCAUUUGGGAGUUGUAGUUGCUGGGAUUUAUAGUUCGCCUACAAUCAAAGAACAUUCUGAACUCCACCAAUGAUAGAAUUGGGCCAAACUUUGCACACAGAACUCCCAAGAGAAAAUACUGGAAGGGUUUGGUGAGCAUUGAUCUUGAAUUUGGGAGUUGUAGUUCACUUACAUCAAGAGAGCACUGUGGACUCAGAUAAUGAUGGGUCUGGACGAAACUUGACAUGAAUACGCACUAUGCCCAAAUAUGAACACUGGUGGAGUUUGGGGAAAAUAGACCUUGACAUUUGGAAGUUGUAGUUGCUGGGAUUUAUAGUUCACCUACAAUCCAAGAGCAUUCUGAACCCCACCAAUGAUGGAAUUGGGCCAAACUCAACACACAGAACUCCCAUGACUGACGGAAAACACUAGAAGGGUUUGGUAGGCAUUGACCUUGAAUUUGGGAGUUGUAGUUCACCUACAUCCUGGACUCAGAUAACGAUGGAUCUAGACCAAACUUGACACGAAUACUCACUAUGCCCAAAUGUGAACACUGAUGCAGUUUGGGGAAAAUAGACCUUGACAUUUGGAAGUUGUAGUUGCUGGGAUUUAUAGUUCACCUACAAUCAAAGACCAUUCUGAACUCCACCAAUAAUGGAAUCGAACCAAAGUUGGUACACAGAACUCCAGCGACUGACAGAAAACUCUAGAAGGGUUUGGUAGGCAUUGAUUUUGAAUUUGGGAAUUGUAGUUCAUCUCGAUCCAGAGAGCACUCUGGACUCAAGUAAUUAUGAGUCUGGACCAAACUUGGCACAAAUACUCAAUAUGCGCAAAUGUGAACACUGGUGGAGUUUGUGGGAAAUAGACCUUGACAUUUGGGAGUUGUAGUUGCUGGGAUUUAUAGUUCACCUACAUCCAGAAAGUAAACCUAUCGGUUCAAAAAUA